AUGAAAUUCGCUAUCGUUGGUUUGGUUCUCGUUUGUUUAGCUUUGCUGAACACACCUUCUUCAGCAUCAAUUUCAUCAAAUUGUGGCUACACCUCAAAGAAUGGUACAAAAUAUGACUUUUCCGAACUUGCCAACAAUUAUACAGAAUAUUCAUUCACAAUUACUAGUGGUGUCUCUAACCUUAAUAUGUUGUUUUGGUCGAUCUGCCAACCAGCACCAACUUGUGUCAACCAAAAACUCGGUGACAAUGUUGCAGCCUGUCAAAACAGUAAGGGAACCUACUUCAGUUUGGGUCUUGUAAGCUCAAUGACUGUCAAAGAUUUGGCUUCUGAGAAUCAAGGUGGCAUGCUCUCCUAUUCCAAUCCAAAACAAUGCCAGUCGAGUACAUUGCCACGUGUUCUCGAGCUAGAUAUGCAAUGCACUCCAGGUGCCGGUUACGUCAUCAAAGGUGGCGCUGAAAACCCAACCACAAAAUGUCUCUAUCAAGUUUCAUUCAGCUCUGGUUAUGCCUGUCCAGGUACCCCACACGAAGGUGGUACACCAAAGAAGGGUGGUCUCGGUGGUGGUUGGAUCUUUGUCAUCAUUUUGGUCGUUUCGAUUUCAGUCUAUAUUUUAGUUGGUUUGGCCGUCAACUUCAAGGUUCGUGGUCUCAGAGGAAAGGAGAUGUUCCCCAACUACACUUUCUGGAGUGAUUUCCCAGGUUUGAUGAAGGAUGGUGUAUUAUUUAUUAAAGGAAAGGUCACUGGUAGUGGUAGUUCAGCCGGUGGUUACCAACAAGUAUAA